CCCGAAUGUCGUUCAUCUUGGUACCCACUUGGCACACAUGGUUAAAUGACUGGAAUCGGGCCAAUUCAGCCCCUCGGGUGGGGAACCGAGAAGGCACUAAUGACGAUGAGAUGUGACUCAGGACAUCCGCUAUCAUCUGUAUAAGAGGACAAGAGUCAUAGAUGUAAGGUAAGCUUUGAUGGUCUUCUGAAUAUACCUCUCCAAACAACCACCAUCAGAUAUCCAAACACAAUGGCACCCACACAACUAGAACUCCCCCUCCGGGAAAAAGCCCAAGCCGACGGCGAUGCCAGCCAAAACGGCUCCAGCCGCGGCCCCGUCACGUUCGGCCACGCCCUCAGAGACUCACAAUUCCUCUUCGACCCCUCCUACCGCAACCUCAACCACGGCUCAUACGGCACCAUCCCCCACCCCAUCCAAACCCGCCUCCGCCACUACCAGUCCCUCGCCGAGUCCGCCCCCGACCGCUUCAUCCGAUACACCUACCCGCAACUCCUCGACCAGUCCCGCGCCGCCAUCGCCACCCUUUUGCGCGCCCCCCCGGACACAUGCGUCUUCGUGUCCAACGCCACCCUCGGCGUCAACACGGUGCUGCGCAACCUGGUCUGGCACCCGGACGGCCGCGACGAGAUUCUGUAUUUCGAUACCCUGUAUGGAGGGUGUGCCAAGACGGUGGACUAUGUCGUGGAGGACCGGGGUGGGGUGGUGGGGGCAAGGAGUAUUGCGCUAAAGUAUCCGUGUGAGGAUGGGGAGGUGGUGGCGCGGUUUGUGGCGGCCGUGGAGGCGUCGUUGAGGGAGGGGAAGCGACCAAGGGUGUGCGUGUUUGAUGUGGUGUCGUCGUUGCCGGGGGUGCGGUUCCCCUUCGAGGCCGUGACGGCGGCGUGUCGGGAGAGGGGGGUGCUGUCGCUGGUGGACGGGGCGCAGGGCGUGGGGAUGGUGGAUAUUGAUCUGGGUGCGGUCGAUCCGGAUUUCUUUGUGAGUAACUGCCACAAGUGGCUGCAUGUGCCGCGGGGGUGUGCUGUUUUCUACGUGCCGCUGCGCAACCAGGCCAUGAUCCGGUCGACGCUGCCGACGUCUCAUGGGUUUGUGCCGCGCGCGGGUACGAAGCGCCAUAACCCGAUGCCGCCGUCGGCCAAGUCCGUGUUCGUCAAUGCGUUUGAGUUCGUCGGCACCCUUGAUACGGCGCCGUAUCUCUGCGUGAAGGAUAGCAUCCGGUGGCGGGAGGAGGUGCUGGGCGGGGAGGCGCGGAUCCGGGAGGCGCUGACGGCCAUGGCGAGGGAAGGGGGCAAGAGGGCGGCCGAGAUCCUGGGCACCAAGGUGAUGGACAAUGCCAGCCAGAGCUUGACGAGGUGCUCUAUGGUGAACGUAGCCCUGCCGCUGGCGGUGCAGCCAGAGAACGGAAAGGCGCUGGAGGGCGAGCUGGCCUCAUUGCCGUCUUUCCCGGAGAGCGACAUGUCUGCCGUCACUGACUGGUUUCUGCGGAGGCUGAUGGACGAGCACAACACGUUUAUCGCGCUGUUCGUGUAUGGCGGCCAAUGCUGGGCCCGGCUUAGCGCCCAGGUCUAUCUAGAGCUAGAUGAUUUUGAAUGGGCGGGCAAGACACUCAAGGAGGUAUGCGAGCGGGUGGCGAAGGGAGAGUAUAAGCAGUAG